AUGGCCCUCGGCCGAGGCAGCGGAGGGUCACCGGAAAGGCGAAUCUGCAUUCUCAGGCUCGGCUUUCGACUCCUUCUGUCUGGGCGAUACUGCGCAGGGAUUGGCCCGCCUGGGCGUCAUGUGGUCCGCAGCCGGAUGAUGGCGGGUGUUGCUGAAGAUGUGCGAGCGCUCUUCGGGGCUGCAGUCCGAGCGGCGCUGGAGGCCUGGCCCGCCUUGCAGAUCGCUGUGGACAACGGCUUCGGAGGUGUGCACAGCCAAGAGAAGGCUGAGUGGCUGGGGGGUGCAGUGGAGGAGUAUUUCUUCCGCAAUGCUGACUUGGAGCUAGAUGAGGUGGAGGACUUCCUCGGGGAGCUAAUGAUGAACGAGUUUGAUACGGUUGU